CAUCUCUUUUUGACUGUUACCGGUGAAUGGGUGGUGUGAUAAAGAGGAAACGUGAGGUUUCUUUUUUUUCUUUCGACGUCGGAGGCUUCGAGAGCGAACGACCUGAAAGCUCCGCCUGCCUUCUUUGAUGCUAUUGGAAGCGUGCACGACCAAUGGGGGAACGGGGAUUAACCUCGCGUCGAGGGAUCGUUCUACAUGGGAAGCUCCCAGUUGCGUUUCCUACCUAAACAGUAGAACUGUAAAUGUUAAAAAAGUUUUGAACGUGAAUUUCGGUUCUUUUCGAAAGUAUAAAACGGUCUCACUCGGUUGUGAGUGUAUUCGGUAUGUUUCUCCAAGGAGUUUAAACGAUUCGAGGAGAAUCGAUCUCAACAUUACGAUAACUUGCAAGCUGACCAACAAAAACAGCCGCUAAAAGACACAACAAACACCACCUCGCCAUCUAAACAACACAAAUUAAAUAAUAACGAGGAACAUCCGCAAGAACAACAGCCGGAAUCAACUCUAAGAGAAGGCGACAACCAACAACAACAACAGCAAGGCAGCCGUUCGCUGCAGUGUUUGGAGACUUUGGCCCAAAAAGCCGGGAUCCAUGAUUUAUCUAUAGACGAUUGUAAGUACGAUGCGGCCAACACCCUGUUGAAUUUGGACAGGGCGUUUGAUACGAAUAGAAAUCAUCAACAGGAAGUAAACAAUAUGAGCGAGAUAAAGAAUCAACAGAUUGUGGAUGCAAAUAACCAGGCUCAAGCUCAGGCUCAAGCGCAAGCUCAAGCGCAGGCUCAAGCUCAAGCCCAAGCUCAAGCUCAGGCCCAAGCGCAAGUUGUUCAACAACAACAGGCGGCGAUGCAACAAGUUGCGCUUCAACAAAGCGCUGAUCAACAGACGUUAGUUCCGGCUCAAAGUCCUCAACAUUUACAACAAGUUGCUGUUGCUUCUUCCGGCGGUCAAUGCAUUCAAGCGAAUGUUUCGAUGGGACCUCCUCAACAUACUGUUUCGAUGCAUCAACAAGUUGCUCCUGGCGGUCAAGUUAUACAAACUCAAGGAGCUCAGGUUCUUACUGCGGCAGCUCCUCAAUCCAAUAGUACCACGAUUACGACAAUGUCGCCGUUGCAGCAAGCUCAAGCGACGAGUCAUGCCCAACAAAUCAGCACGGAUUGGGGACACUCAAGAGUUCAAGUUAUACAACAACCUUUACAGAAUUCCCCGUAUGUUCAACAGUUUUAUAACGCCCAAGGACAGUUGUUGUUGCCUGGAAAUAUACAGUUACAUCCAGGAAUUAAUCCUCAACAAAUACAAGUUAUAACAAAACCGUUGCAACAGAAUCAGUUGCCGCAUAUGUUAACUACCACCCAAGGAAAACAAGUUCUGCAAGGAAGUAAUACAGCUUUUCCUGGGUAUACAACAAUACCCACAAUUCCUACAACGCAAAACCAACAAACCUUGGUUUUUGGACAAGUUGGUGUUAUCGGAUCUCAACCUAAUAUUAUUCCUUCACAUUCUGCACCUGGUAAUGUUAUUGCUCCUCAGAAACAACAAGAAAUGCAUAAGGUCAUGGGUGGUCAAAAAGUGAUUCAAAAAGUGGCUAGCAAUGGAGGUGCGGUAACUGUGGCCCCGCAGCAACAGGGGCAAUGUGUACAAGUCUCGCAAGCAAUGAUAGGAACUCAACCUACCGCUCAAAUAAUAAGUCCACUUCAACCCAAUGGACAACCAAUGCAAUUUACUCCAUGGCAAUUUCCUCAAGUAUGGACAACAAAUGCCAUACAAUCAUCGACUUUAUUGCCAAAUCCGAUUUUUAUAAGAGGAACUCAACCAGAUGGAACACCCGGGAUGUUAAUACAACAAAGUCCUCAAGCCACGACGAUUCAAACACAACAAAAUCCUGUCGCAACUGGUGCAAUGCCGCAAAUUGGAGCUAAACCACGUCCAACAACCGAAAACAUCCAACCAAAGCAAGCAAUAAACCGACCGUUAAGCAUUUUGCCAUCGAACACCGCAAAUAUCAGACCCGCCAGUUCGGUAUCAACCCAAACAAUAGGCGCUCAAGCUCAGUUUUGCGUUUCCCAGGUUGGAAUGGCCGCGAAACCUGCUGCUAAAGUACGAACGAAAGCUCCCGGAAUUCGUACUCCACCCGCUCCGAAAGCGGACGCCGCGAAUCAAACCCAAAUAAAACCAUACUCAAAUCUCCAACACCACAUCGUUUCAAAUAAGAUGUUGGUAAUGAAUAAUCCCGCCACUUCAAUAGCCAUGACACCCGGUUCUCCCGUUGCAACGGAUAAAACGCAACAGGUUGUCCAAAAAACGACCACCGUCACUCAACAACAAGCCCACACUCAACCGCAAACUCAACAAACCGUUUUAAUGCAACAAGCGUUCCAACAACAACAAUUACAUCAAAUGCAAUUUCAACAGCAACAGCAGCAACAACAACAACAAGCCGGACAACCUACGCAUAUUCAACCUAAACCAAUCAUGGCUAUGUCAGCUAUUCAAGGAAUUCAACAACAACAAAUUAUUGCUGGUGAUCGUCCAAUUAUGCCCGUCGUUUCAAUGUCUGCACAGCAAGGGACUCAACAAAUCCAACAAACACUUUCUGGACAAAUGCCUCAAGGAUUAACACUUCAACCGAAUUUAGCAGUUACUCAACAAAUGCCAAUGGGAGUUCAACAAAUCCAUUCGUUAGCACAAAUGACACAAUCAGGAGCGAUUAUUGGUCAACUUCAAACUCAACAAACACUUCCGCAAGUAGCCGCGAAUCAAUCGCAACUCCAACAGCUCCAACAAAACGGACAGACGAUAACGAUAUCUCCUCCACAACAAGUUCAAUUACCAGCUCCAGUUCCUAAUUUAAAAGAAGAUGCUUCCGGGGAAACCCCCGUCGAUUCAGUUCAAAAUAUUACAUCUGCAACGAUAGUUGAGGCACCAAAAGAAAAUGGAAUUGAAGUUGUGAGUGCCCCCUUCAAAACAACCAAUACUGCUGUUGCCUUUCGUUUAGAAUACAAAUCUCCAGCACCCGGUCAACAACUAACUGAUCUAAAAGCGGAAAAUGUGAACGUAGUUGAACCUGCAACGAAUUCCGCAACUAUUCAACCAACUCCAAUUCCUGGAACAGUACCAACGCAACCAGCUACAAGUUCCCAAGAAAAUACGCUUCCCGUUGCUGCGACUGCCGAAGAAGUUAAAGAAAGGUGUCCUCCGAAAGCGAUGGUUAAACCGCAAGUUUUAACUCACGUUAUCGAAGAUUUCGUUAUUCAAGAAUCUUCGGAACCAUUUCCAGUUGUUCGCAAUACUCUGUUAAGUGAUCUCAAACCCAACGCUGUUAAUGUUGAUAAAGACGGAGAUGAACCAUCAAGAAAAAAACGCGCUUCUGGAUCACCAACAAACGAACAAUUAUUAGCAAAAGGCGAUUAUGGGAAAUGCGAAACGUGUGGAAUUGUAGAUUUAAAAGUGAAAUUUAAGAAGAAUAAUCGUUUUUGUUCUGUAUCAUGCGCUAAAGGUAGGGUUAAAAAUAAAAAAGAAGGUAAAAAAGGUAAAUGGAAAGAUGAAUCAAUGGAUGUUGAUGGUGAAUCAGGAGCAUCAGGAGCUGAAAGCAGUUUAAGUCCGAAUGAUGCAGCUUCAACAGAAGCUGAAGAUAAUACACCCAAAAUUGAUCCAAUGAAAUGGACUGUUCAAGAAGUAUCUGAUUUUAUUAGCAACCUCCCAGGUUGUUCUGAUUAUGCUGAAGAUUUUAUAAAUCACGAAAUAGACGGACAAGCUUUGAUGCUUUUGAAAGAGGAUCAUCUAAUGAACGCAAUGGCGAUGAAACUAGGGCCUGCGCUUAAAAUAGUAGCGAAAAUCGAUGAUAUGAGGGUGGAUAAGGAACCACCAAAACAGUAAGAAUUUGAAAUUUAAGUUAAAUUAUAAAAAAUAAGACUAAGAAAAUGUUUGUAUAAAGAGUAUAUAAAAAAGAAUUUUAUAUUAUAAGACUGUUUUUUUAGUUUCGUAUGCUUUACGCUGAUCUUUAGUUUUAAUUACGAAAAAAUUUAUAAAUAGAUAAAAAAAUUGUUGAGCAAACAACGUUAUUUUAUGUACAUAUUGUACAUAUUAAAAGAAAGGGUAGGAGUGUAAAUAGAA